AUGGUCAUUCUGCAACAGGGGGACUAUGUCUGGUUGGACCUCAGAACAGGCCGUGAGUUUGAUGUUCCUGUUGGUGCAGUGGUCAAACUCUGUGACUCAGGUCAAAUACAGGUCCUGGAUGAUGAAGGACAGGAACAUCGGAUCGCUCUCCAGAAUGCUACAAACAUCAAGCCAAUGCACCCAACCUCCAUUCAUGGGGUGGAAGACAUGAUCCGUCUCGGGGAUCUGAACGAGGCUGGUAUCCUCCGAAAUCUCCUAAUCCGUUACAAUGACAGGGUCAUAUAUACAUACACAGGAUCAAUCCUGGUGGCGGUGAAUCCAUAUCAGCUUUUGCCCAUCUACACAGCUGACCACAUCCGCCUCUACACAAAUAAAAAGAUAGGAGAGAUGCCUCCACACAUCUUUGGCAUUGCUGAUAACUGCUACUUCAGUAUGCAAAAAAACAACAAGGACCAGUGCUGCAUUAUCAGUGGUGAGUCUGGAGCUGGUAAAACCGAGAGUACCAAGUUGAUCUUGCAGUUCCUGGCUGCUGUCAGUGGCCAACACUCCUGGAUUGAGCAGCAGGUUCUAGAAGCCAACCCUAUUUUAGAAGCAUUUGGUAAUGCCAAGACCAUACGUAAUGACAACUCCAGCCGCUUUGGGAAAUAUAUUGACAUUCACUUCAGCAAGAGGGGAGCUAUUGAGGGGGCAAAGAUCGAGCAGUACCUGCUGGAAAAAUCCAGAGUUUGCAGACAGGCACCCAAUGAGAGGAACUACCAUAUUUUCUACUGCAUGGUGGCAGGCAUGAGUCCUGAUCAGAAGACUAAAUUAGGUCUAGGCCUGGCCACAGAUUAUGUUUACCUUACCAUGGGAAACUGUACAAUGUGUGAGGGGAGGAAUGAUAUGAAGGAGUACUCCAGCAUCCUGUCAGCCAUGAAGGUCUUGAUGUUUACUGACACAGAAAACUGGGAGAUCUCCAAACUGCUGGCUGCCAUUCUGCAUAUGGGCAACCUGCGCUAUGAGGCUCGAACACUGAGGAACCUAGAUACCUGUGUGAUGGUUCGCUCACCUGACCUGGCCAAAGCAGCCACUUUACUGGAGGUGGACCCUCAAGACGUCAUGACAUGCCUGACCACCCGUACUCUUAUCACCAGAGGAGAGAGUGUGUCCACCCCCCUCAGCAUGGACCAGGGCCUAGAUGUCCGUGAUGCUUUUGUCAAGGGAAUCUAUGGGAGGUUAUUUGUGUGGAUAGUGGAUAAAAUCAAUGCCGCCAUCUAUAGGGCUCCUUCCACAGAAAAUAAGGCUGUUCGUAGAACCAUUGGCCUGCUUGACAUCUUUGGCUUUGAGAAUUUCACUGUUAACAGUUUUGAGCAGCUGUGCAUCAACUUUGCGAAUGAGAACCUGCAGCAGUUCUUCGUUCACCAUGUUUUCAAGCUAGAGCAGAAGGAGUACAACCUGGAGGAUAUCAACUGGCAGCACAUUGAGUUCACUGACAACCAGGAUGCAUUGGACAUGAUUGCCAUGAAACCUAUGAAUAUAAUUUCCCUGAUUGACGAGGAGAGCAAGUUUCCAAAGGGAACAGAUGCAACCAUGCUGAAUAAGCUAAACUCCCAGCACAAACUUAAUACCAACUACAUCCCCCCUAAGCACAGUCACGAGACUCAGUUUGGCAUUCAGCACUUUGCUGGAGUGGUGCACUAUGAAACAAAAGGUUUCCUGGAAAAAAACAGAGACAACCUCCACAGUGACAUCAUCCAACUGGUUCACUCGUCCAAAAACAAGUUCAUCAAGCAGAUCUUCCAAGCUGAUGUUGCUAUGGGUGUGGAGACAAGAAAGCGUUCGCCAACUCUGAGCAGCCAGUUUAAGCGCUCAUUGGAGCUGCUCAUGAGGACGCUGAGUGUGUGUCAGCCUUUCUUUGUGCGCUGCAUCAAACCCAACGAGCUAAAAAAGCCCAUGAUGUUUGAUAGAGGGCUGUGUGUAAGGCAGUUACGCUAUUCUGGCAUGAGGGAGACCAUUCGUAUACGCAGAGCCGGAUAUCCCAUCCGCUACACGUUCGCUGAGUUUGUGGACCGUUAUCGGGUACUGAUGCCUGGAGUCAAACCAGCAUACAAACAGGCGAACCUGCGAGGGACCAGUCAGUGCAUUGUUGUAUCUGUUCUGCAAAAAGAUGAUGACUGGCAGAUAGGAAAGACGAAAAUCUUUCUGAAGGAUCGCCAUGACAUGCAGCUGGAAAUUGAAAGAGAUAAAGCCAUCACUGACAAGGCCAUUCUCAUCCAGAAGGCAGUGAGGGGCUUGAGGGCGAGAGCAAACUUCCUGAAAGUUAAAAGGGCUGUGAGUGUAAUACAGAGGAUAUGGAGAGGCUACAUCUGUAGAAAACACUACAUUUCUAUGCGUGUGGGCUUCUUGCGACUGCAGGCCUUGUACAGAUCGCGAAAGCUGUACCUGGCAUACCAAGCGACCAGAACGAGCAUCACCCUGCUCCAGGCUCGGUGCCGUGGCUUCCUGGUGCGGAAAACAUUCUCCAAGCGCUUCCAUGCAGUACUCACCAUCCAGGCGUACGCACGAGGAAUGAUUACACGUAGACUAUGCAAGCGUCUCAGACUGGAGAGGGAGCUACGGAUAGAGGCCGAACGACAGUGUCUGGCUGAGGAGGAGCGUCUGAGGAACCAGAUGACAGCACGCAGGGCUCGAGCAGAGGCAGAGAGGAAGCAUCAGGAGCGUCUGGCCCAGCUCGACCGAGAGCAAGAGGAGAGAGAGCAGGCAGAGCGGGACGAGACCCGCAGGAAAAAGGAGCUGCUUGAGCAGAUGGAGAGAGAGAAACAGGAGCCGGUCAACGACUCUGAUAUGGUGGACAAGAUGUUCGGAUUCCUGGGCAAUGCCAGCUCACUUCCCAACCUGGAGGGUGAAGCACCAGAAGGGUUUGAGGAUCUAGAGAAUGUUCCAAGACAGUAUGAGGAAGAUGACAUUAACGAGGCUCUUCCUCUUCCUGAUGAUGAAGAGGAAGACCUAUCAGAGUAUAAGUUUGCAAAGUUUGCUGCCACUUACUUCCAGGGAAAUGCCACACAUACAUAUCUGAGGCGACCACUGAAGCAACCUUUGCUGUUUCAUGAGGAUGAAGGAGAUCAGCUAGCAGCUCUUGCUGUGUGGAUCACAGUGUUGAGGUUUAUGGGAGAUCUCCCAGAACCCAAAUACCAUAUCAGUAUCAGUGACGGCAGUGAGAAGAUUCCAGUUAUGACUAAAAUCUAUGAGACAUUGGGAAAGCGGACCUACAAAAGGGAGCUGCAGGCCCUGCAGGGAGAAGAGGAGAGUUCCACUACUGACAUCCAGAAGAGGAAUAGUGCAAGGCAUAAGCUGGUGUCCCUCACACUGAAGAAGAAAUCCAAGCUCACAGAGGAGGUGACCAGACUGCUGACAGACAGUGAUUACAGCCUACAUGGAAACAGCAUGCUGGAAGACAGGCCCACCUCCAAUUUAGAGAAACUCCAUUUUAUCAUUGGCAAUGGCAUUUUACGCCCUGCCCUAAGAGAUGAGAUCUACUGUCAGAUCUGUAAGCAGCUGAGUCAGAACCCAUCCAAAAGCAGUCAUGCCCGCGGCUGGAUUCUGCUGUCCCUCUGUGUGGGCUGCUUCGCGCCAUCUGAAAAAUUUGUCAAACAUCUACGGACAUUCAUUAACAGUGGGCCCCCUGGAUUUGCACCCUAUUGUGAGGAGAGACUACGAAGAACAUUUGUCAACAAGACAAGAACUCAGCCUCCUUCUUGGCUUGAGCUGCAGGCCACUAAAUCUAAGAAGCCCAUCAUGUUGCCGGUGACCUUCAUGGAUGGCACCACUAAGACCCUUCUGACUGACUCCGCCACUACAGCAGAAGAGCUCUGCAAUGCUCUGUCAGACAAAAUUGGCCUGAAGGAUCGCUUUGGUUUCUCCCUAUACAUUGCUCUAUUCGAUAAGGUGUCAUCUCUGGGCAGUGGAAAGGACCAUGUGAUGGACGCUGUGUCACAGUGUGAGCAGUAUGCAAAAGAACAGGGAGCUCAAGAGCGGAACGCCCCCUGGAGGCUGUUCUUCAGGAAGGAAAUCUUCACACCCUGGCACAACCCUGCUGAAGACAGCGUGGCUACUAACCUUGUCUACCAACAAAUCGUUCGUGGGGUCAAAUUCGGGGAGUACCGUUGUGAUAGGGAGGAGGACCUGGCCGAUCUGGCUUCUCAGCAGUAUUAUGUGGACUAUGGGUCAGAGAUUCUACCGGACCGCCUUCUUAGCCUCAUUCCAUCCUACAUCCCUGACAGAGAGAUUACUGCCUCCAAAACCACAGAGAAAUGGGCUCAAGUCAUCAUAUCAACUCACAAAAAGGGAAUCUACACGCAGAAGAGGUUUGACUCGAAGAGGGUUAAGGAGGAGGUGGUGGAUUUUGCUCGAUUUAAGUGGCCUUUGCUUUUUUCACGUUUCUAUGAGGCCUUCAAAUUUUCAGGGCCUAGUCUCCCAAAGAAUGAUGUUAUAGUAGCAGUGAACUGGACUGGUGUCUACUUUGUCGAUGAGCAGGAGCAGGUCCUACUGGAACUUUCUUUCCCUGAGAUCACUGCAGUCUCCAGCAGCAGAGGAGGAAAGCUGCAAGGACAGAGCUUCACUCUGGCCACUAUUAAAGGAGAUGAAUAUACUUUCACAUCCAAUAAUGCUGAAGACAUCCGUGACCUGGUUGUCGCCUUUCUGGAGGGCCUCCGUUCAAGGUCAAAGUUUGUGGUUGCCCUGGUGGACAGCCACUACCCUUCUGGGCAGGACUCUUCGUUCCUAAGCUUCUCAAAGAGAGAUCUGAUCAUUCUGGAUGAGCACACUGGAGAACAGGUGAUGACUUCAGGUUGGGCUCAUGGAGUCAAUGACAGAACCAAGAAGAGAGGAGACUUCCCUGCAGACUGCGUCUAUGUGCUGCCUACCAUCACCAGGCCACGAUAUGAUAUUGUGACUCUGGUUGCCAUGUCCCCAGACCAGCGCAAGGACUCUAUAAGUUUGUCCCAGCAAACUUUGCUGGACAGUGGAGAAAAGGUUCAACCAUACAAUCUGGAAGAGUUCUCCUAUGAUCACUUCAGACAUCCUGUCAAGAGCACAUUGAGUCGAGUGAUGACUAAAGGCAGAGGGAAGGAUAAACUGUGGUGCUGUACCAGAGAACCUCUCAAACAGCCUUUGUUGAAGAAAGUCCUCAACCAUGAUGAGCUGGCCCAGGAUGCUUGUCAGGCCUUCACUGCUAUCAUGAAGUAUAUGGGCGAUUACCCCUCCAAGAGAAGUCGUCCAGUCAAUGAGCUCACUGAUCAGAUCUUUGAGGGAGCUCUGAAGGCUGAGCCUCUGAAAGAUGAGAUCUUCUGCCAGAUCAUCAAGCAGCUGACUGAGAAUCACGUGAAGUACAGUGAGGAGAAGGGCUGGGAGCUGCUCUGGCUCUGCACUGGUCUCUUUCCUCCCAGUAACAUGCUCCUUCCCCAUGUCCAAAAGUUCCUGCUAUCCAAGAAACUCCAUCCAGUUGCCCCUGACUGCAUACAGAGACUACAGAAAGCCUUGCGAAACGGAUCCAGGAAGUACCCUCCUCACCUUGUAGAAGUGGAGGCCAUACAGCACAAAACUACCCAGAUCUUUCAUAAAGUGUACUUUCCUGAUGACACAGAUGAGGCUUUUGAGGUUGAAUCGAGCACAAAAGCCAAAGAUUUCUGUCUAAACAUCGCUGGCAGAAUGCUGCUCCAAUCCUCUGAGGGUUUCAGCUUGUUUGUCAAAAUUUCUGACAAGGUGAUAAGUGUUCCAGAAGGGGAUUUCUUUUUUGACUUUGUUCGGCAUCUGACAGACUGGAUUAAAAAAGCCAGAGUUAUGAAAGAUGGCACAGUACCCUCCCUGACCUAUCAGGUGUUUUUCAUGAAGAAACUGUGGACCAAUACUGUACCAGGAAAAGAUCCUAUGGCUGACUCCAUUUUCCAUUACUACCAGGAGCUUCCAAAGUAUCUGCGUGGCUACCACAUGUGCUCUCUUGAAGAGGCAUUCCAGCUGGCUGCACUAAUUUACAGGGUGAAGUUUGAGGAAGACAAAUCACAGUUUCUCAAUCUCCACAAGAUGCUGAAAGAGCUUGUUCCUCAAGACCUGAUCUGGCAGCUCUCACCUGAAGACUGGAAACGGUCCAUUGUCACAUACUUCAAUAAGCAUGCAGGAAAAUCUCAAGAGGAAGCAAAACGUAUGUUUUUAGAAAUCAUUUACAAGUGGCCUACUUUUGGAUCUGCCUUUUUUGAAGUCAAGCAAUCCACAGAUCCAAAUUUCCCAGAAGUCCUCUUGAUUGCGAUCAACAAGCUUGGUGUAACUCUGAUUGACCCCAAAACAAAGGAUAUUUUGGGGACACAUCCCUUCACCAAAAUCUCGAACUGGAGUAGUGGACAUACUUAUUUCCACAUCACCAUUGGUAACCUGGUGAGAGGCAGCAAGCUGCUGUGUGAGACUUUACUGGGAUACAAGAUGGAUGACCUUCUGACCUCUUACAUCAGUCAGAUGCUGACUACAAUGACCAAGCAACGCAGUUCACGUGGAGACAACAAGUAGCACAAAAAGUUUUCAAUGGUUUAUUUGUAAGACACACAGUGUGAACAACCCUUAACCAUGUAUUCUGCCAUAGCUAAAAAGAAUUUAGACAUUCGUGCAACAUUUAUGGAGAGCUGGCAUAUUUAUAUGGUACUGCAGAGCUGGCACAGUUAUUCUCAAUUUUUGAGAAUUUUUUAGACACAUUAUUUUGAUACACAAGGUUAAACUGAUUCUAUUUUUAGUAUAAUUACUUUUUCAUACUGGAGCCUUAAUUAACAAGUGUGAGUUUAAGUUAUUUUAUAGCAAUUCUU